GGAACGUUUAACAGAAGGCUUCGUUUUCUCACCGGGUCGUUGUUCGUCGGCGAACCAACAAGGCAAGCGGGAUGGAAGUAAAGGACGCCAAUGCUGCUAUGCUAAGCAAUUAUGAGGUCUAUCAGUUGCUGACAGACCUGAAAGAAAAAAGAAAGGAGAUGGUUAAAAAUAAGCACAGCACUGGACAGCAGAAUCUCAACACCAUCAUGUAUGAGACCCUGAAGUACCUCUCCAAGACGCCGUGUGCUCAUCAGAAUCCAGACACUGUGAAGGAGUUCCUCACUGCUAUGCUGCCUCACAAGCUCACUAAAGCUGAGAAGUUGCAGCUCCUUAACCACAGACCUCAGACUGCUGUUGAAAUCCAGCUGAUGGUAGAGGAGAGCGAAGAAAGACUGACAGAAGAACAGAUUGAUGAACUUAUACAGAAAGUCACUGAUGUCCUGCCUGGUGACCCUCAGAAGGAAGGUGAUGCAUCUGCGGACCCCGAGAUGGAGACAGACCAGUAGCAUCACCCCUGGACACUCAAUUAUAUAUAUAUAUAUAUAUAUAUAUAUAUAUAUAUAUAAUUUUUUUUUUU